CAAAAUAUUAAUAAAUUAUAACUUUAGAGAGUCGAGAUUCAAUUACCCAGUUUGACUGAUUACUAACAGUAUUUAACCUCUUUAGGUACCAACGUUUCUCCAAGUGAACACAUAAGAAACCUUGGACAAAGCAAUUAAUUAACAGGAAUGGCGUUCUUUAAAGGAGGAUAUCAGAGGCCUUUUCUGCCUCAGAGACGACUGUACAGUCAAAAUCAACAGCCUUCUCCACAUGUUAUGUUUUAUAAGAACUAUGCAAGGCCAUUGGGAAAAGUUAUGUUAUACGCCCUGGCUACAUAUUACGGACUUGAUCUUGCCUGGUGGAAACUAAAUUCUAAUGAGGAAGAAGCCGAAAAAAAAGCUGAGCUGGAAGCAUUAGCAGCCAGCCUGAAAUAAUGACAUAGUCUCUUUUUACAGGUACAAAAUAAUGAAAAGUCUGACUGAAUGCGUGUGUGCAUCUUUGUCACAGCUUUUAGUAGUCGUUUAAAUAUUAACGUCGUCAGUACGUUUAAAUUAGCUAUUCAAUUAAAAUGAUAUGGGCAAUAUUAUUUAACAAAGUCGAAACUAUAAAAGAUAAAGCAAGAGGUAAUGGC